GAAAAGGCCAACCGCUUAUUUUGCCGACAAAUGUUGCGCAUAACUCUAUUUUUUACUAUUGUCGGUGCAGCACUGGCCUGUGCACCAGCCGCCCCUGGUCCAGUCGGCCCGCAGCCUUCGGUCGUCACCUUCUAUACCGACCAACCGUACGUGGCAGCUCAAAGCCAAGUUUACACGAACAUGGCUAGAUCUAUGCUCCAACAAAUGGUACAACGUGCUGGACUGCCAUAUAUUGACAGCAUGUACCAAAUUACCGCAUUGAAUUCGAAUGGUAAAGCUGCUGUACAAGUUCGAAUCUCGUCUGUAGAUUGCAUUGCGCUGCCUGUGAUUGUCACCCAAGCAAAAGCAUCGAACUUCCUCAUAAAAUCAGCUACCUAUCAAUGUGGAAAUGGUCCUGUUACCCAAGUCUAGUUACUGAAAGAUUAAUCCUGACACAAAGUGAA